ACUCUCCUAGCAAGGUAUAUCUCCAAACACACUGACGUUAUAAGGCAGAAGAAAAAACAAUCUGUGUUGAGAAAUGGAAUAAGUAUUAUACUUGGCAAUGGAUAAUUUACUAUGAGAUGGGAAAUGCAAAUGACAAAGAAUCUGAAGAUAAUACCCUUCAAGGAAGAGUGGGAGGGUUUUGGUACAAGCCAAAUAGCAGCGUGAUGAACGCACACUCUCAGAACCCGGAUAUCAACGUUAACAUUCACGCACUUCCACCAGUGGCAUUUCAGACUGUGAGGGGGUGUUUACUUCGACUUCCAUUACAAGAUGGUCAGGAAAUGAAAGAAGAUGCUAUUCAAAGAGUAGUCAAACAUAUCGUCAUGGAAACGUAUGAUCCAGGCAAAGACAUUAUUCUUAAAGGAGACUCCACGAAAGGAGUAUUUUUUAUCGUGGAAGGAAGUGUCACGGUUCUGUCUGAAAAUGGAAACGAAGUUUUUGCUAACCUCGCAGAGGGCGAUUACUUUGGAGAAAUAUCAUUGAUAUUCAACAUUCCGUGUACAGCAAGAGUUCAAACAGAUACGAGCUGUGUUUUAGCUCACCUGGAGCCACAUUCUGCCCAAAGACUGUUUUACAAAGUCGGAGUCGACAUCAUCGACUGGUUUGUAUCACGUCGAUAUUUACCGACUUUGAGUCACAUUGCAGAUCGGUGUCGACGACGCUUGACUUUUUCCACCCUUAAAGCGUGCCCUGUAUUUGGAGGGUGGGGUGAAGAGUCGUUAAAAAACCUGAUCUUAGACCUGGAGUCAGCCAUGAUAAUUCUAUACCAGCCACACACAGCUGUUGUAUGUGUAAAUGACCCCCCUACAGCGCUCCAUGUUAUAAUCCGUGGGAGAGCAGUUAUAAAAGACGACCAGUCAAGAACGUUGGUUACCAUUGAGGUUGAUAACCAAGGAGAUGACCCUGUUGUCAUUGGAGAGGAAGGGCUGUAUCUGGAUCAUCAGAGCAGGGUGUCCGUGAUAACAACCACUGCGUGUGAAAUCAUCCACAUCAAAGAAGAGAGGAUACACAACACCCUGUGUAAGUACGCAAAGGACGCCGGGAAUUCUUGGGAGCAGAGGAAGAAAAGAUGGAGGGCUCUACUUAACAAAAAGGAAAACUUACAUCAGCAAUACCCGGCCCUUCUCCAGUUUGAGGUGAUUUAUCAGCUGCUGAAGAACAGCAAUUCUCUCUCCAAGUGUUCAAUCCACUGUGUUCAACAUUUAGCCCUGCAGGGGAAUCCCCAAGAAUACCAAUUCAACGAUUACGUUUGUAUACAGGAAGAGAUUGAUGACGGUUGUCUAGUCUUGGUGUUGGUUGGAGAUUUGGAACUGGUUACAAAUCCCGACAUGAGAUAUGCUUACACCGUCAACGAGGGGGAGCUUUUCUGUCCGAAUGACUGGAUGGGACCCAACGGAAAAUUAGUAGCAAAGUCCGAAAGCUUGACCUUUAAAAUUGACAGUAGCGUUGUCCUAGAAGCGCUUAAGAUGUUUCCGGAUUGUGAACUGGUACUUCCUGUACAACCGUCCUUGCCAGUGGUCACCUAUAGAUAAUCCAUAUUUGUCCUUAAUAAGUUAAUUAAUUCAAAGAGUAAUUCAUGGUUAAAAGUGAGUUUUAUUACAAGAUUCCAUGAAUCAAAAUCAAUAAUUGAAAACCUUAACACAAUGUAAAAACAAAAACAUAUAAAAUACAUUUGCCAGUUAGUAACGCGGGGACAUUUUGGCACAUCAUCGAAAAAUGAAAUCACUCUACGUAGCACCAUCUGACGGAGAUCAGAAGAUUACCGUGUGUCGUCUGCCAUUCAUUGACAUUGAUGUGUGGACAAAUCGCCGCUUCUUCAACGUCACCGCUUCCAUGAGUUCUGGGAGCUCACUUAUAUUGGGGAUGGCGGUUAAACAGGCAUCGCGUCCCCGUAAACCUCGGAAUCGCCGAGGCCUUUGUGUUUCUUGUUUUAUAUCAGGCAGACUGAAAGUCAAGGAUUUGGCCCUAUUUACGUCUCUUUGUAUAAUUCCGAACUCUGCCGCCCUGUUAAGGUUCGUUUCUGACGUGCUCUUUGCUUUGAUAAGACCCUCCACCACAGAAUUGGAUCGAGCAAGUCUCGGUUUCUCUGGUAUUGGUGGAAAAGAUUGUGAGAGUCCAAUUUCUCUAAGUAAAUCCAUCGGUUUCUCAACUUCGUCUAAUUUCACACGUUUCUUUUCAAAAUUGACGGUAUUGAAGUCAUAUUUCGUUAUAUUCUUGUGCUCUUUCUUUCCUUUACUCUUUUCAGACCGAAUAAAAUCAGCAUACUCCUUU